AUGAAGGCCUGCGCUCGCUCUCUGCUCGCCCUUACGGCCCUUGUUGCUACCACUUUUGCUGCACCAACACCAGAGACCGGUGUCAGCUUCCCCAUCACGGAUCUCCUCGACUCCGAUCUUACCAUCAACGAAUAUGCCGCCCAGCUUGAGGCCAAGAACGUCGAGGAACGUGACCUCACCAAACGCCAAUACAACAGCGACACCUACAACCAGCUGACAGACGGCACCCCAUGCCGUCCAAUCACCGUCAUCUGGGCUCGUGGUACUACGCAAUCUGGAAAUGUCGGCGAACCCAACUCGGAAGGCCCCGUUUUCUUCAAUGCCAUCGCCGCUGCCGUCGGAGGUGUUAACCGCCUGGCUAUCCAGGGUGUCACCUACCCAGCCAACGUCUUCGGCUUUUUGGCGGGAGGCGAUGCCGCAGGUGCUACUACAAUGUUUAACCUGAUCAACCGGGCUGUCACUCAAUGCCCAUCCACAAAGAUUGUCGUCACUGGUUACUCCCAGGGCGCUCAACUGGUUCACACAGCCACACAGAGGCUUUCAGCCGCAGCCGCCGCUCGUGUCUCCGCCGUUGUAACAUUCGGCGAUGCUGAUCGUGAUGAGACUUUUGGCCUUGUUGCCGCCUCCAAGGUCCUCAUCAUCUGCCACGAGGGUGAUAACAUCUGCGAUAACGGUAUCAUUAUCACCCCCGCGCACAGGAACUACGAGAUGGAUGCUCCGACUGCUGCUGCGUUUGUUGCAGCCCGCGUUUGA